CUCAUGGGUCAGCAAGUUUGAAUUCAAUUCUAGUAUUUCAAAUAAUUAGACAAAGAUAGUGGAACCAAGUCCUUUUAUAUUUCAAUGCUAUUUUUUUUUCUCUUAUUUCCUUAUGAUUUCAAUUAUAUCUCAGGGUCGCAUCUUCCGAGAUAUCACCUUACCUGAAGUAAGCCCAGCAGAAAGAUCUGCUUUGUAUAUAGCAAUAGUAGAAACUCUUGCAAAGCUGCAUUCCUUCAAUGUUAAUUCAUUAGGCCUCCAGGAUUAUGGACGAGGAACAGGUUACUGUAAGAGGCAGGUAUCAACUUGGAUGAGGCAAUAUCAGGCAGCUGCUCAUAUCCAAAUUCCAGUUAUGACCGAAUUAUCCGAAUGGUUAAUGAGCAAUUUACCUGAUGAUGAUGAUAAUGAAAUUACUUUGAUCCAUGGUGACUUUAGAAUAGAUAACAUCAUCUUUGAUCCAAGAGAGGCCCGUGUCGCAGCAGUGUUGGAUUGGGAACUUUCAACUUUAGGCCAUCCUCUUGCAGACUUGGCUUAUACUCUUGCUUUUUGCUUUUGGCCCAGAACCCUCAAACCUAUAAAAAUGCUUAAUUUACAGAAUGUAAACAGCAUUGCUGGAAUUCCUUCCUCUGAAGAACUGAUCACAAUUUAUUCUCGCUUCAGGGAUACCUGUACUUCUCCAUAUAAUCUUAAUUUUUUCCUUGCUCUUUCAUAUUUUAAAUUGGCUUCAAUAAGCCAGGGCAUAUAUGCCAGAUAUCUCCUGGGUAAUUCCUCUGCAGAAAACAGUUUGGAGUUCAGCAGUGUAGUGAGACCUCUGGCUGAAGUUGGAUUACUGGUAGCAAAAAAAAUAACUUUCAACACUGGCUCACCUCUUUGCAAUUCUGGAGAAUUAUUCCAGCAGUCCACAGAGGGGAAGAAAAUCCUUCAGAAAAUGAAAGAUUUCAUGAAAAAGCACAUUUUUCCAGCUGAAAAAGAAAUAGUUGAGUAUUACGCCAGAAAGAAAAAUUCACCAGAUAUAUGGAGAAAACCUGGUGUCAUGGAGAUACUCAAGGAAAAGGCCAAAGCAGAAGGUCUCUGGAACCUUUUCCUGCCAGCUGUUAGUGGUCUUAAUCAAUUGGACUAUGCACUAAUAGCAGAAGAGACUGGGAAGUGCUUCUUUGCUCCUGAAGUAAUCAAUUGUCAUGCACCAGACACAGGGAAUAUGGAGGUUCUAUACUUGCAUGGGACAGAAGAACAGAAGAAACAAUGGCUGGAACCUCUUCUGGAAGGAAAAAUUAAUUCUUGUUUUUGCAUGACAGAACCUGAUGUUGCAUCAAGUGAUGCCACCAAUAUGAAGUGUAACAUUCAGAGAGAUGGAGACAGCUACAUAAUCAAUGGCAAAAAGUGGUGGAGCAGUGGAGCUGGAAAUCCCAACUGCAAGUUUGCUAUUGUAAUGGGCAAAGAUAAAACUACUUCAGCAUCCAGAUAUAAACAGCAUAGUAUGAUUAUUGUGCCAAUGGAUACACCUGGAGUGAAACUUAUAAGGCCUCUUUCAGUCUUUGGGUAUUUUGAUUAUUUUCAUGGUGGACAUUUUGAAAUACAUUUUAAUGAUGUUCGAGUCCCUGCCACUCAUCUGAUACUGGGAGAGGGAAGAGGAUUUGAAAUAGCUCAAGGACGACUUGGACCGGGCCGUAUUCAUCACUGUAUGAGAUCAAUUGGAGCAGGUGAAACUGCUCUGCGGAUCCUGUGUGAGCGAUCAGCCCAAAGGGUCACAUUUGGGAAGAAACUCUAUCAUCAUGAAGUUGUUGCUCACUGGAUUGCUGAGUGCCGCAUUGCUAUUGAACAGGCUAGGCUACUUACACUGAAAGCGGCUAAUAAAAUAGAUGCCAUGGGCAAUAAAGCAGCCAGGAAAGAGGUAACAGGACUGAAAUUUUGUAUGAGGAAGACAGAAGGAACAAACUAUCAGGAAUUUAAUUAUAUUAAUGAAACUGUUUUUGCUGAGAAAAAAAAGAAAAUGGUGGCUUUCAUAAACAUUUGCAUAUACUUGAGAAACUUAAUACACCUCAUUCUUAAUUUGGUCUGUAUGUGGUUCAUUAAUUUAAAUCAAUGGGUUUAAAUUUUCAAUGAUGAGAACUGAUGUCAACAGUCAAUUAACCAGUUAUAAUUGAAUAAUUCAAUUGAUAAUUGAAUACAUAGUAGAUCAUUAUGUAGCUCUCAAAGUAAUUUUUCAAUUUUGA